GUCUGGAGGAGUGGCCAAAGGACCAUAAACCAGGGGCGAGGCGCUGUCAGAGUCUGAUCCUGAGAUCCGUGGACUUUGCACUGCACUUAACUGAAGGAAUUUGACCUCAAACAAAACAGAGUUUCACUAUGGGUGUGGAGAUGCUCUCUGUGUUUUUACUCAUGCAGACUCACUUUUGCUGGGGUCAGAACACACUGGUCGUUCCCUCUCAGCCAAUCAUAGCGCCCGUUGGUAGUGAUGUCACUCUGCCCUGUCAGUUGGACCCUGUUAAAGACCUCAGGGACAUGGUGGUGGAGUGGUCACGGCACGACCUGACGCCGCGCUACAUCCACAUCCGCCGGGACGGUCUGGACUUCCUCAUAGACCAGAACUCCCUGUACCUGGGCCGCACCUCUGUGUCCGAGAGCCGACUGCAGCAGGGGGACAUGUCCCUGAGUCUGACCCGAGUCAGGGCCAGUGACAGGGGCAAGUACAGAUGCUACAUCCCCCUGGUUAACGUCAAAGCAGAGGUCACUCUGAUGGUCGUGUCCGUGGCCCCUCCCUCGAUGAGCCUGAUCAAAGAGCGCUCGGGGUCUCCCGUGCUGAGGUGUGAGUCCAGGGGCUGGUACCCGGAGCCGGAGCUGGAGUGGCUGGACUCAGAGGGGACGGUUCUGCUCAGGACUGAGGCUCAGAGAGGAGCGAGCGAGGAGCUGUUCAGUGUGAGCAGCAGACUGAGUGUGGAGCAGAGGCUCGGCAACACGUUCACCUGCAGAGUGAGUCAACAGGAGAGCGGCCAGAGCAGAGAGGCCCAGCUCAGCAUCACAGAUGAAUUCCUGGAGGCCUGUCCCUCGUGCUCUGUGGCCUGGGUCCUCUUUAGUUUGCUGCUGUGUCUCGUUGCUGCUGCUGUUGCCUUUGCCGUGUGGAAGUUUCAAAUCAACAAAACCAAGACUAUGGAGAACAAACUUAAAGACUGUGAAGAAGGUGUGCCAAUGAUGAGGGAAAAAGAAGAUGAGAAAAUCCACAGAGGAGACGACAAACACAGAGGAGACGACAAACUGACUGAAUACAAGGAGCAAUUAGAGAAGAUUAAAGAAGAGCAGACGUCUGCUGCACAGUUGAGUGAGGAACUAACAGGAACAAAGAUGUUUCUAAUGAAACUAAAAGAAAAACUAAACCAAUGUAAGUAUCAACUCAGCACUGACAUGAAGGAGAAGGAGAAGACAAAGUAUGACUCUAAGAAAGAGGAGAAAAUUAAGAAAAUGCAGCAGCAAAUGGAGGAGUUUAAGAGCAUUAUUAAAGAUGUUGACACAGAAAUGUCUAAAAUUGAGAAGCUUCUUUCAAAAACCAGUGAGAAGAAAGGGAAGCUGGAUGAAGACGUCAGGCGUUUCACAAAACUGGUGCAACAACAGGAGGCAACAGAAAAGAAGAAACAGGAGGAGAAGAAACAGGAAACCAGGAAUGAGGCUCAUGAUGACACCAGUGGAGGAGAGAAUAUGAACCCCAGUCCUCAAAAACCAGUAAACCCUCAGGAGCAGACAGAGGAGCUGCAGGCACAGGGGACGGAACCGGAACAAACAGACACAAAUACAGAGCACUACUGAGAGAGAAGAAAAGUAAGUGGUACAGCAUACCAAACAAAAAAUGUAAAAAUCAAUAAUCCAUCAAAAUAACUAAGUUUAUUAUUGACUACACGCACACGCACACACACACAUUCAUAAUAGACAAGUGUCUUGCCUAAGGACACAACAUUCUGUCACUUCUGUCCCGCUGUGGCUCCUGGUAUCACACGUCGUCUCAUCCAAACACUGACCAGGCCCCUGUUUAUCUUCUGACGUCUGAGGAGAUCAGGUUUUGACAAAGAGGUUUGGUCAAGUCAAUAAACUUCAUUAUAAUUUACAAUAUAAAUAAUAUCUGAAUAAAACACUGAAAUACAGGUUUGAAGUCAGUGAUAAAUAUUUACAUUUGUCAGACUAAUUGUGCUGUUUUCAUCUCAGUGAAAAUGUGUCUGAAUGUGACAGUUCUGUUCAUCAGUGUUUUACUCUGUUUAUGUGGUGUCUAUGACUGUGACAUUAUCCUCAAAGUUUGAACUGAACACAAAAAUACAAACGUGACAGAGCGGAUGAAGAGAAGUAAUAUUUUUUGUAGGACAUGGCAAAUAAGCAACUUUUAUAUCUUAUUUUGUAACACUAAUCCAAGAAAUAUGACUAGUUUUAUACACUUAAGUUUGUGUUUGUUUACUGCUUGUUACUGUGGAUAAAGUUUAAUGGUUUGGUUCUUGUCAUUCCAUUCAACUAAACUAAACUUUUUAAAACGAAAAACUAUGAAUUAUUUUUUUUAUGUAUUUGAAAUGACUGUUUAACUGUGAAAAAAUGUGCAAUUGUGCCAUCUGUUGGUGUUGAAAAGUAACUACAUGUCUAAAUACUGGUGGAGCUCAUGAAUGCUAACCACUCUGCUACUGCCUGCUUUUGUUGAAUAAAACAACUGUGUGGCCCAAUC